UGCAGGCCAUUGGUGGCUACUCUACUCGACCUUCACACUAGCCCCUUCUUCUUCUUCACUCGUCUCCUCAGACCUCUCCAUAUUCCCCUUUCUUGCAAAGCACAAAGGAACAGGAAUAGGAUUCAGCUCAGCUCAGCUUCACCACUGAAGAGAAUAUAAAGAUCUGAAGGAGGCAGGCAGGCAGGCAGGCAGACAGGCAAAGCCAAGUCAGGUCAGGUCAGGUCAUAGGAGAAGCUAGCAGCCAUGAGUACCAUGAAGUUUUGCCGUGAAUGUAACAACAUACUGUAUCCCAAGGAGGAUAGGGACCAGAAGAUUCUGCUCUAUGCUUGCAGGAACUGUGACCACCAGGAGGUUGCAGACAACAACUGUGUCUACCGUAAUGUGGUGCACCACAGCGCUGGGGAGUUCACCCAGGUGCUCCAGGAUGUCGCCGGUGAUCCGACUCUCCCUCGCACCAAAUCGGUCCGGUGCGCGGUCUGCGGCCAUGGCGAAGCCGUGUUCUUCCAGGCCACUGCCAGAGGGGAGGAAGGGAUGACGCUGUUCUUCGUCUGCUGCAACCCGAGCUGCGGUCAUAGAUGGAGAGAAUGAGAUCAUAUUUAGUCAACCAAGAAAAGAAACUCAUUGAAGCAAAUGAUCAGAGAGACAUGAUUUUUUUUUUCCCAUCCAAGGGAUCUUUCCAUAAUAGCAUGGACUGAUUGUAUGUUUAAGUUUUAAAAAUACAUUCAGGCAUCAAUGUUUUUCAGUAACAUCAGGAGGAAAACAAUCAAAGUCUACUAGGAUAAACAUUCCUGUGGUAGUCCGGUUUGUUCCUUAUAAACAAAGGGUGGAUGAGACAGUUUUCUUAAGUGUUUCGUUUCAUCUGCAAUUUUGCAGUAAUUUUGAGUAGACAAUCUUGCAGU